AUGGUCGCCGCCUCCACCCUCAAUCCCGGGCGCGCACUGCCCGACGAGAUUCGACUUGCCAUCGGCGAAAAUGCCGACCGACGCACGCUCUGCUCGCUGUCACUCGUGUCCAAGGCAUGGAUGGCCAUAACGAAUGAACUCGUCUGGAGGAGUCUUCCCUCCCUGUUACCACUGCUGAGACUGUUUCCGGAGGACUCGCGAGAGAUCCAACAUGGCUCGACAGCCGCCGUUAAGUUUCGCCGCCCCCUCACCGCAGAAGACUGGGAACCGGUCCUGGAGCGCUCUCGUUUGGUCAGAGCGAUCGACAUGGCCUUGUUCUCCGGCACUCCGCAGCCUAAGGUCUAUUACGAUCGGAGCGUACUCGAAGCGCUGAUCGCGUGCCCCGCGCCCUCGUCGUUCCUCCCUCAUCUCGAAAGUCUCGUCCUUCCUUUCGAUGCCUUCACAUCCUCCAAAGACUUAGCCGAAGCCGUCUAUAUGACUUUGAUAUCGUCCCAUCUUACCACCUUCGGCGUUUCCCAGUCCCAGUCUUUGCGCUCGCGAGACACCGAGCACGGCGAGCAGACCGAAUGGGACACUCAUCUGCUGGAAGGCAUAGCGCGCGCCUGCCCGAAGGUGUCCAAUCUCGUCUUGAAUGCGAACAUGCCCUCGUCAUCACUGUGCACUGCGCUUGAACGCUGGACGUGCUUGAAAGUAGUCCGGGUGACAUUCGCGGGGCAGGUCGAUCUCGACCGCAUUUUUGGGGUUCUUCGCUGGCUCCCUUCGCUGCAUUCUGUGGAGAUCGACUUCGGAUCAGGAUAUACCGAGCUCACGAGUCCACCCACAUGUGGCACGUAUCCGCCACUGAAGGAGCUCACCGUGAUGAACGUGGAUAUCCCUUUGGCUCUUGCGAUCAUGCGAGGGCUUGGUAUACGCCACUUGAAGGUCCUGCGACUUCUGCGGGUGGAGGAGUAUUAUGAUCAGCGUGACGCCGAGAUGAUGGAGAUGAUGCAAUACAUCGGCAGCGAAGGGUCGUCUGCCCUAUCUCAUGUCGAGCUUCGGUUCGACAAGUCGUAUUGCGAUCUAUCCUUCAAACAUUUCUCGCCUUUGUCAGCGUUGCGCAAUCUGCGAUACCUGGCCAUAUCCGGAGACAACACUGUCAUCACGGAAGCGGAAUACAGCGACUGCGCGCGAUGGUGGCCCGAUCUGCGCACGUUCGAGCUCGACGUGACUCGCGCCGGCGCCGGGUGUGUCGAGUGCUCCCUAAACGUACUCAUCGCCUUCGCGGAGCACUGCCCGCACUUGGAAUUCUUGACGGUUCCCCUGGAUGCCACCAAGAGCCCCCCUGCCAUUCCUCAGUCGCUGCAGCAUCUCGCUCUUAUCUCCCUCGACGUCCUGGAGGGUGCAGGGAUCAGCAAUUUGCGCCAGGUCGCGCUCUUUCUAUACAACCUAUUCCCGAACUUGGAGGAAGUUCUCACCUCGUACAGGGAAUGGCCAAAGGAAUAUCAUGCUCACAGCAGAACGUGCUGGUUUACGGUCAAUGAGAUAGUCAACGUACUCAGAAUCAAGGAGCAUGGCGCGUAGUCGCGUUGACUAGAUUAUCAUACAGUUACUGAAGCGUGCCGUCCGUCCGUCCGUGCUUUAUUAUAUGCGCAGGUUGUUGCGAUCAUGUUGUGAACCUUCCAUCAUAAGAUUACUCGGUCUCUAGUCGAAUCUUGCGUGUCUGCGACGGAUCGUGCUGCAGACACUCUUUCCUUGUACAAGCUAUCGUUCUCAGCAAGCAACAUAUAUUCUUACGCUUCCUAUCAAUAUUGUCGCGG